GCGGCCGUUGGUCGGGCGCGCGGGGCGGCCGUUGGGCGGGCGCGCGGGGCGACCGUUGGGCGGGCGGGGGAGGCGGACCGGGCGCUGGCGCGGGCGUGAGGCAGCGCGGCGCGCUCUUCUCCACAGGGGCGGGUGGGCCCGAGCGGAGCCGCCGCGGGCGGAGGAGCGGAGCUGAGCGGAGCGAGCAGCAGGAGCCUAAAAGCUGAAAGUACGGAGACGGAUCUGUGGCCGUUGAAGAUCCUCCCUCCAAAAAGUAUGUGACUGGACUGUUUCUUUGAUGCCCAGAUGCCUUCUUCAAGUGGUGGAGAACAUUGAAAAUAUCAAAAAGCAGUUGUUGUUUACUCAGUAGGGAGAAGAGUUAUAAUCUGCGAUUGCUUCAAAGAAGCAGAAUUCCCAGUGGCAACAGUCAGAAGAAUUUAUCCACGUACACAGAGCAAAAGAUCGCUUGUGCACAUCUUUUGCACAUCAGAAACUCUUUUCCCAACAAUUAAAAAUGGAAAGAAGUCUGAAAUCCUUUGCAUCUUUGGUAGAAGCCUCAGGAAAGAAGUUUGAAAAGCACAGAGUUCUCACUGUGGACACGUACCAUUAAACAAAGAAAACAGCCUUUCCCUUGCAACCCACUCCCCUAAAGAACCCUCAGUGAUGUCUGGUCCCUGUUGAAGUGGGAAAACACACUACUGGUAUCAGUUGACUUACAGCUGUGUAUAGGAACACCAAUGUUUUAUGAAGGGUAGUAGCAUUCAUAACAGACCUUUGUUCAUCUCAGAAGAAAAUACGAUAAAGAGCCAGCUUCUGUCAUACAGAAAACACACAAGAUGAUUGUUAAAGGUGUUCCAACAUGGGAUAGUGCCACAGAAAGGCCCUGCACGGAUAAUUCAUCUCUGUUGCCUUGGAGUCAAUUAGGUGAAACGAAGAUAUGGGCCCCCAAAACGCGGCAAACUGCAGUAAGCUGUCACAGCUGUGAAAUACCCUGGAGAACAGCCCUUGCUGAAAAGAGCUCUCCGAAGAUUGUGCACAGCUGGUUGUCUGGAGCGAGCGAUGAACUCGUACUGCGGUGCUUCGGUGAAAAUGAGUUUGGCGUCUAUACUUGAACAACACUUAAACUGCAUUAGAACAGGUCAGCGCUAUCCUGUUCUAUCUCGACCCCCCCGCCCCCCGGUGGCCCCCAAGCGCGGCAGGCCGUCGCUGGGAGGGGGAACGCCGCCUCUCGGGCGCCGCCGGGACCCCGCUAGGCCGCCCCACUGCUCGGGCCCCGGCCGCCGCUGCUCCGGCCGAGCAGGGCGGGCAUCCCCGCUCCCGGCCCGGCCUCCGCUGCCCGGCACCAAGAUGGCCGCCGCCGCCACCGGCGCGUGGCGCGUCCGCCGCAGCCGCUCCAUUGGAAGAGGGGAAGGAAGUGACGCACCGGCGGGAGCCCGGCGGAGCGGGGUGGCGGAGGCCGGCUGCGCGGCGAUGAACAGCCGGCUGCAGGAGAUCAGGGAGCGGCAGAAGCUCCGGCGGCAGCUCUUGGCGCAGCAGUUAGGAGCUGAAAACGCGGACAGCAUCGGUGCCGUGCUGAACAGCAAAGAUGACCAGCGGGAGAUCGCGGAAACGAGAGAAACGUGUAGGGCUGCUUAUGAUACUUCUGCACCAAAUGCAAAACGCAAAUACCCAGAUGAGGGAGAAGCUGAUGAGGAAGAGAUUGAAGAAUAUAAGGAUGAAGUAGAGCUGCAGCAAGAUGAAGAGAACCUGCCCUAUGAAGAAGAGAUUUACAAAGAUUCCAGUACCUUUCUUAAGGGUACUCAGAGCUUAAAUCCACACAACGAUUACUGCCAACACUUUGUGGAUACAGGACACAGACCGCAGAACUUCAUCAGAGAUGUUGGCUUAGCAGAUAGGUUUGAAGAAUAUCCAAAACUUAGAGAGCUCAUCAGGUUGAAGGAUGAGCUGAUAUCUAAAUCUAACACUCCUCCCAUGUACUUACAAGCAGACUUGGAAGCUUUUGAUAUUAGGGAGCUGAAGUCCAAAUUUGAUGUGAUUCUCCUGGAACCACCACUGGAAGAAUACUACCGAGAGACUGGCAUUACUGCUAAUGAAAAAUGCUGGACCUGGGAUGAUUGUCUACGCAAAUGGGGUUACAGAAGAUGUGAGGACAUUUGUUGGAUUAAAACGAAUAAGAACAAUCCUGGAAAGACCAAGACUCUAGACCCUAAGGCUGUUUUCCAAAGAACCAAGGAGCACUGCCUCAUGGGCAUUAAAGGAACUGUGCGCCGCAGUACAGAUGGUGACUUCAUCCACGCUAAUGUUGAUAUUGACCUAAUCAUCACAGAAGAGCCUGAAAUUGGCAACAUAGAAAAACCUGUAGAGAUUUUUCACAUCAUUGAGCAUUUCUGCCUUGGACGACGACGUCUUCAUCUUUUUGGAAGGGACAGUACAAUUCGACCAGGUUGGCUGACUGUAGGACCUACCCUCACAAACAGCAAUUUCAAUGCAGAAACGUAUUCUUCGUACUUCACAGCUCCAAAUUCCCACCUGACUGGCUGUACCGAAGAGAUUGAGAGACUUCGGCCCAAGUCACCUCCGCCCAAGUCUAAGUCUGACCGGGGUGGUGGUGCUCCAAGGGGAGGAGGAAGAGGAGGGACUUCAGCAGGCCGAGGAGAAAGGGGCCGAGAGAGGAACAGAACUAACUUUCGGGGUGAGAGGGGUGGCUUCAGAGGGGGACGUGGAGGUACCCAUAGAGGAGGCUUCCCUACCCGCUGAUGACUGUUAGGUAAUUGCUUCUUCCCCCCAUCCUAUGCCUCAUCUCUGAAUCUUUUUCUUAGUCUUGUUUUUGCUAAAGUGAAUUAUUCUGGGGACUCGAGCUAGAUGACUUUUGAAACUGGUUUUGGUGCAAGCAGUUACAGAUAGUCUGCCUUCUGCUGACCAGCCUGGCACAUCUGCUCACCUGGCAGGCAGGGUCCUGCACCUGACAGCACUAAACUCAGCCUCCCAACAGCUUCUGUUUGUCAAAGCAGAGCGCACCAUCUCUUCAAACCACAGAUGGGAUUGAAGUGAAGACACUCGCUCUUCCCUUAUGAAACUUGCAAGUUGUGGGCUCCAUUAACUCUCUCCUUCUCCAAAACAUGGAUUCUUCUUCCUUCUCUGGAGGUGCAGGUUUGGACUGACUUGGAUUAAUAUGGUGGAGUGGGCAUGAAAUGCAGUUCUGAAUUGCAUGGCUGUAGCAGACUUACUCUCUUAUUCAUGGAAGAAAAAGUGCUGUGUCUAUACUGACACCUAUUUUAACGUCUCUGAAACCAAGGAGCAAAUUGAAUAAAUAGAAUUCUAUUUUUUCUUAUUUGGUUUAAAUUUCCCAAAUUAUUCUUGGGAAUAGGGAACAAGUUUAUCUUUUGUUUGUGGUGUAUAUGCACUGACUUUUCAUGUCUGAGGUGGGGAGAGUGGUAGUUCUGUGCAGUUGUGUCUUGUGCUUCAUGGAAAGCAGGAAGUUGUGUGUUUAUGUGCAGUCCAGAAUGUCUGCAGAGGUCUGGAUUGCUGCUCGAGUAGGGAUUUUCACCCAGCGUCUGUCCAUAAUAGCCUUGUUCUUUGGUAGGGAAAACCAGUUUUAUUGCAGAGCAAUUGCAGUGUAAGUAGUAGAGAGACCUUGUCGGAGGUCGUAUGGGAAAUGCGAGGUGAUGUUGUAAGAAAGAGCGAGUGCUUCCUGAAAAUAAUCACCUGGGUAAUGAGGGCGCAGUAAUCGAAUCGAGUGUUUCGCUUUGCCUGUGGAUGUUAUGUGCAUUGGAAGUAGACUGUUGGUGAUCAGCUCCGGAGUACCGUGUGAAAUGAAAGCAGUUCACUUUGGUGUAUGUACAAUUUAUUUUUUUUUUUUUUUUUUUAGCAAAACCACAACUCUGAGCUUCUUGGCCAAUACUUGGUAGACUGAACAAACCUGGCUGUUGAAGUCUCAAAAUCUUCUUAGGUGUUGGAAAAUUGGCUUUUAAGUCUCAUGAUGUUUCUCUAUUGAAGCCUAGCUUUUAAAUAACUGUCCUGUAAAGUAGUGGAUUAUUAAACUUGUUUAUCAAAGCUAA